GGACCAUGGAGGACGCUCCGGGCGCUGAGCAGAGCCUGACCGCGGAGCCCCGGCUGGCCGAGGGGGGAGCAGAAAGCAUCGCCCCGGAGGCACCCCAGCAAGAACCCGGGCUGCUCUUCCAGGAGGAAACCAUUGAUCUCGGGGGCGAUGAGUUUGGGUCAGAGGAGAAUGAGGCCGUCUCGGAUGAUUCCAAUAACUUCGCAGACAGGCUCAGCGAGCACAUGAUGGAGAGCGUCCUCAUCUCGGAUUCCCCGAACAACAGCGAAGACGACACCGGCGACCUGGGCCGGGACCUUGGUGGGGCGCAGGAUGUCCGGGAGCCUGCAGGAGGCCGCGCUGACCACAGCCCGGACAGUGUCCCGGGCCAAGGCCAAGGCGCCGAGGACACGCCCAGUCCUGACAGUGAGAGCGAUGGAGACAAGGCACCAAAGGGCGUCUCGGAAGGCACUCCAGGCGCCAGGGCGGCCUUGAAGGCAGGCCCGGAGCCGGAAGGGAAAGGCUUGCCCGCCUGUGAGCAUGAUGAUGCCGGGGAGCCGGGCCCCAGGCACCAGGGCACACCCCCUCCCAAGGACGAGCCCGUGCCCGUGUGCACCAUCUUCAGCCAGGCCUCGGCCGCCCAGCCCAGCCCCUUCCUGCAGGACGGCUUCGAAGCCAGCCUGAGCACGUUCUUCGGGGAGACCGCCAGCGCCAGCUCCCUGGCCUCGGACUUCUUUGAUUCCUUCACCACCUCCGCGUUCAUUUCCGUCAGUAACCCCCACGCCGGCACGGCGGUUCCCGGGCAGUUGUCUCCACUCGCCUCCCCGGGGACGGAGAGCUCAGAGCCAGCUGUGCCCACGGCCUUGCAGGAAACCCCUCCGUCCCCGAAGCCCUUCUCCCAGAUCCAGGCCGUGUUCGCAGGGAGCGAGGACCCCUUCGCCACCGCCCUGAGCAUGAGCGAGAUGGACCGCAGGAGCGACGCCUGGCUGCCCGGGGAGGCGACCAGGGAGGUCCUGGUGUCAGUGGCCACGCAGCAGUACCGCACCGUGUUCGUCGACAAGGAGAACCUCACCAUGCCGGGCCUCAAGUUCGACAACAUCCAGGGAGAUGCCGUCAAGGACCUGCUGCUGCGCUUCCUGGGGGAGAAGGCGGCGGCGCGGAGGACGGUGGCGGACGCCAGCUCGGUGGAGCAGUCCUUCGUCGGCUUGAAGCAGCUCAUUAGCAGCAGAAACUGGAGGGCGGCAGUGGACCUGUGCGGGCGCCUCCUCACAGCCCACGGCCAAGGCUACGGCAAGAGCGGGCUGCCCACCAGCCACACGGCAGAUUCGCUGCAGCUGUGGUUCGUGCGGCUGGCGCUGCUGGUGAAGCUGGGCCUGUUCCAGAACGCGGAGCUGGAGUUCGAGCCCUUCGGCAGCCUGGACCAGCCCGACCUCUACUACGAGUACUACCCGCACGUGUACCCGGGGCGCAGGGGCUCCAUGGUCCCCUUCUCCAUGCGCAUCCUGCACGCGGAGCUGCAGCAGUACCUGGGGAACCCGCAGGAGUCACUGGACCGGCUGCACCGGGUGAAGGCUGUCUGCAGCCAGAUCCUGGCCCACCUGGAGCAAGGCCUGGCCGAGGACGGCAGCAUGAGCAGCAUCUCGCCCGAGAACAGGCAAGCCUCCGUGCAGCUGUGGCGGUCCCGCCUGGGCCGGGUGACCUGCUCCAUGGCCAACUGCCUGCUCCUGAUGAAGGACUACGUGCUGGCCGUGGACGCCUACCGCUCCGUCAUCCAGUUCCACCCCGAGCAGGAGCCGCAGCUGCUCAGCGGCAUCGGCCGCAUCUUCCUUCAGAUUGGAGACAUAAAAACGGCCGAGAAGUAUUUUCAGGACGUGGAGAAAGUGACACAGAAGCUCGACGGGCCGCAGGGGAAGAUGAUGGUGCUGAUGAACAGAGCUUUCCUUCACCUCGGCCAGAAUAACUUCGCAGAAGCCCACAGGUUCUUCACAGAGAUCUUAAAGAUUGACCCCACAAAUGCAGUGGCCAACAACAACGCGGCCGUGUGCCUGCUGUACCUGGGCCGGCUCAAGGACUCGCUGCGGCAGCUGGAGGCGCUGGUGCAGCAGGAGCCCGGGCACUACCUGCACGAGAGCGUGCUCUUCAACCUGACCACCAUGUACGAGCUCGAGUCCUCCCGCAGCGCGCAGAAGAAGCAGGCGCUGCUCGAGGGAGACACCCCCUCCCAGCUCCAGAGGGACCCAUCUUCUCGCCAUCGGCGCUUUCCAGCCCAAGCAUGA